CGGAGGACGGCGCACUCCGCGCUCCAGGUCCGCGCGAUAGACGUAAAGUGUUUGUUUCGGUGUGAGCGUACAAUGUAACGAAACCUUGAAUUGAUGUCUAAAUGAUAAGAAGAUUAUGCUAAAGAGGAUUUGAGCAGACGAUGAGCCAAUGCCACUCACACGGUCACCGACGACGCAGGCUGGAGGAGGAGCCACCAGGGGCGCCCGGUGGCUUCUGUGGGGCGCUGGUGAGGGCGCCACCCCCCAUACCUCCAGCACUGCUCAGGAGAAUAGGGGGCAAGGAUAUCACUGGAGUUGGCAAGGUGAAGGUGAUGCUGAAGGUGGCUGGCAGUUCAGAAGACACGGCAAGUUUCAAGGUAGAUCGCCGCCACAAGCAGGUGACCUUGACAGACCCCGCCCCCGCUGCCAGCCACACCCCCGAGGCUCAGGACCGGAGGGUGGCAGUCGCCGCCCCCAAGAUGUUCGCAUUCGACGCUAUCUUCACCGAAGAUGACAAUCAGAUGGACGUCACCUCCACAGCGCUUGUUGACAUUUUGCACGCCGUCAUCAAUGGAAGUGACGGUUGUCUCCUCUGCUUUGGACACUCUAAGCUAGGCAAAAGUCAGACGAUGAUAGGAUCGCCAGACGCUCUUGGAGUCAUCCCUUGUGCCAUAUCCUGGUUGUUCCGCGGAAUCAAUGAGCAGAAGCUGAAGACCGGAGCAAGGUUCUCGGUCAGGGUGUCGGCUGUGGAGGUGUCUACUGGCAUGAAGGACCUGCUCAUAGGACACGCUGACGAUUGUGAGCAGUCACCAGGCGUUUACUUGCGCGAGGAAGUACAGAACUACAGCGAGCUGCGCGUCCCCUCAGCAGACAAGGCUGCGUACUACCUAGACUCCGCCCUCAGUGCCAGAUCUGCGCAUGCGCACUUCCUCUUCACGUUGCACAUCUACCAGUACAACGUCGCGUCCAAGGGCGCAGUUGCUGGGGGUCGUAGUAGACUUCACUUGCUGGACCUAGGGGCAAGUGAUCGCUCCAAGCCUAGCUCAGGUCUCAGUCUAUCAGCUAUAGGGAACGUCCUUCUAGCCAUCUUCAAUGGAAAUCGCCACCCACCACACAGAGAACACAAGCUCACCCAGGUGUUAAGGGAUUGUUUGUCGUCACUGACUUGUCACGUGACUCUCCUAACACAUGUCUCCCCUUCCUCUCAAAACUACGCAGAGACGCUAGGAACUGUCCAGCUGGCUGCUAGGAUACAUAGGAUACGUCGCCGCAGAGUCAAGUUCGGGAAUUCCACAGCUACCCAGGUUGCCGGAGAGGACAUCGGAAGGACUACGGGUUCAAGUGACGUAGAUCCCUCUAGCAGCGAACAGUCUGCAGACACAGUCAUAUACGUUGGAAGAUCCGAGGAGACCGAUGGGGAGCAUCCUCCUGUCUACCUUCCUAGUCUUACAUCCGGAGACAACCGGUGUGCUAUGGGGAAAGCUUUGCGAGGAAGUGGAAUGGAACAUCGAGAAAGUCCAAGCCAGAGUCCAAGGGACAACCGAUCAGUUCUCAGUGUAAAACAGUCAUCUACCAAAUCAUCAAGUCUUCCUUGCUCUCCUCAAAAGGUACCCGGAGAUUCUUCAUCAGGUGUAGAGAAGUCAAAAUCAUCAUUAUACGGUAAAAUUGGGACUAAUAGUGCAAAGUCUUCCCCAGCUAAAACUACAUCUCACAAAGACUCUAAGCACGAAGCAAAGCAGAUGGAAGAACGAUGGGUGGAUGGUCCUAAGAUUCCAAGAUCAAAAGUUGUCGAAGCGAGACAAUUGAACCUAUUACAUAAAAGUAGACAACAUCUACUAUCCAAGAAAGAAACUUGGGUUGAUGGUCCUUUGAAGAGCAAUCAAGAUAUGGGCUACGGGUUUAUGGAUUACCAUAAGAAAUCUAUGAUCAAAAAAUGGUUGGAGAGUCAAUCCUUGUUGCACCAUAGACAUAAAUCAUCCUGUGGGAAAGAGAAGGGAUCCAGAAGCUAUCUUACGAGGUUCAAGACUUGUGGCGCUGAAAGAAGAACGGAGGCUGAGGGGAAGAGUAAGUCUUCAUCAAGUGGUUCAAGAGAGGAGCCCUACAGACCGACCAAAGGGGGACCUCUUACUGACGAAGCUUACGAGAGAUUCAUGGCUUCUAGAGGACAAGCUAGCGGACAGGAGGAUGGUGAUGAGGAAGUCAAGGUCGUGCCACCACUAACCCAGACUACAGUGGUUCAGCAAAACGGUGAUCUCAGCAGAGUUGUUCCAGUCCAAAGAAUACAAGAAACACAAAGUGCAGAGGAAGAGGAAGAUGACGACAUUGAAGUGGAGAUAGUGGAAGUGGAAGAAUCUGAGGAAUCCGUUCUGAUGCAGGACUCUUGCUUACAGGUCACUGAAGAAGACAUAGCGCUGUGCAUGGGGCAGCUAGAAAACCCUCUGCCUGAAGUAGAUCAAAGCAAAGAUCCAAAUAGACCACAGUGUCAGCCACCUAUUCACAUACUGCUGUCCACUUCAACGUUUAAAGAUUCAACGACUUACGACUUCGACAGACUUGUAAACCAACGAAUGCAAAACUUCUCUGAGGGAUCUCCAAGGUUCAUAAACAGAAAUAGAGCUCCACUACUUCCAAAUAAUAGAGGGGUUGUCGACUACACUCAGCUCUCCCGCCUGUCCAUGUCUGGUGCUCUGGACCCAACAUGUAGAGAGUUGGAGAACCGUCCCUUGGCCCGAUGUCAGUCCUUGUCCCUCACCAACAUGCUGGACGGCUGUCCUGGCACUGAGCAACUCAGUGAUUACGAUAACAACAGCAUAGUCAGUGAGCCUGCCUACAUCAUGGGCGGAGACCAAAUGUCGGACAAGUUGUGUGACAAAUGCAAGCUCAGGUUCAACAGUGGAGAUCUCUACGAGACGCCGCUGUACGCCAACCUGAAGACUCUAUCGGCGCUCAGACAUCCAGACGGAGCGUCCAACCCCAAUCUAAAGGGGGUGGGAGAGAAGGACAAAGGAGAAGGGGAGAAGGAAAACCUAACACCGAAGAACAAGGAAGAGGACAGUGAUGAGGACCCAGCGGUCCCUCCUCCUCUACACUCAACCCUGCUGACUCUCACUAGAGACACUUUCAGAAGCUCCAAGUGUGGCGGCCUGGGGGUAGGUUUGAGUGGAGGGGGUGGCAGUUGUCAGUCUCAGUUCUCCGUGCACGACCCUGGAGGCACAGGCAUGCAGUACUGCAAGGCAGAUGUAGAACGGCUGGAGCGAGGCUGGUCAGAAUCCCAACGACUCAGAGAUCCAAGAACUCCUUUGCUGACUCCAAACUCUCGCUGGCACUCAGAACGUGAAUCCAGAGGGACUCCCACAUUGGUCCGGCUGAAGGAAUACCCACGAAUUGCGCCAGAUAUUCACCCAGACCCUCACAGUGAUAAAUAGUGUUACAUAAUAGCUACAAAAAUAACAGUUACAAGUCUUGUAACUAGUGUUGAAAUUUGACGUCCAUUCAUAGACUACGACGAAGUUUUUGGAAUACCGACUUACCAAAAACACUCAAAACUCAUAAAAUUACCAUUGUAAAACAAUCAGCUGAUUACCGACUGGACAAAAGCAUAAAUAUUAAAACAUGUUGACCUCGCUCAAAAAGUUCUAUUAUUAGUGAUUUUUAAUUAUCCACACAUAAU